AUCAUUUUUCGACUGUUGCAGAAGGCAGCUUUGCGUUUUCUUCGUUAUCUUUAAUUGCGUGGAAGUAGAAUACGCGAGAUUUUGUUUGCUUCUGCAAAUUAAAUUACAUCAAGGUAGAUCAGUACAUUUUGUCAUCUUUUACGCUACAAUUAGUCCUAGUUUCGAAGCGAUGGCGGAAAGGCUGAGAUCCAAGUGUACGUCGUACAAGGACUGUCAAUCCUCUGCAGGGAAACGCUGUCUCUGGUCCCAUACGAGACCCUAAGUAUUUAUCCGAGCGAUGAAAAUUCUUCAGUCUUCAUGUGUCAUUGCUACUUUGUUGCCUUACCCCUACGUUGUGGUCCUUCUUCAGUUCAAACGAGUUGUUUACUUUUUGAAGUGCAGUUAACCCAUACAUAUACAAAAUGAGAAGAUUUAUGUAUUGCAAGGUGGUCCUUGCUACAUCCUUAGUGUGGGUGCUAGUGGAUGUCUUUCUUCUACUAUACUUCAGCGAAUGCAACAAGUGUGAUGAGAAGAAAGACAGGUCGUUGCUUCCUGCUUUAAGAGCUGUUAUAUCAAGAACACAGGAAGGACCUGGAGAAAUGGGAAAAGCUGUCAUUAUUCCUAAAGAUGAUCAGGAAAAAAUGAAAGAGCUAUUUAAAGUUAACCAGUUCAACCUCAUGGCCAGUGAUAUGAUUGCACUGAAUAGAAGUCUGCCAGAUGUUAGGCUAGAGGGCUGCAAGACUAAGAUUUACAGUGAUGACCUCCCAAAUACUAGUGUUGUAAUAGUCUUUCACAAUGAGGCCUGGAGUACUUUACUUCGAACAGUUCACAGUGUCAUUAACCGAUCUCCAAGGCAUUUGCUUGAAGAAAUAUUGCUUGUGGAUGAUGCAAGCGAAAGAGAUUUUUUAAAAAGAAAACUGGAAAAUUAUGUUCGAAAUUUAGAGGUUCCAGUGAGAAUCAUUCGGAUGGAACAACGAUCUGGUUUAAUUCGUGCACGACUUCGAGGAGCUACUGCUACAAAAGGCCAAGUCAUCACUUUUUUAGAUGCACAUUGUGAAUGUACUGUGGGGUGGCUUGAGCCUUUAAUGGCAAGAAUUAAAGAGGACAGGAAAACUGUUGUUUGCCCCAUAAUCGAUGUGAUUAGUGAUGACACAUUUGAAUACAUGGCUGGGUCAGACAUGACAUAUGGAGGUUUUAACUGGAAGUUGAAUUUCCGCUGGUAUCCUGUGCCACCAAGAGAAAUGGACAGAAGAAAAGGUGAUCGAACACUACCUGUCAGAACACCUACAAUGGCUGGUGGCUUAUUUUCAAUUGAUAGAAAUUAUUUUGAAGAAAUUGGAACAUAUGAUUCAGGAAUGGAUAUAUGGGGUGGUGAAAACUUAGAAAUGUCUUUUAGGAUUUGGCAGUGUGGGGGGUCCUUGGAAAUUGUUACAUGCUCUCAUGUUGGUCAUGUUUUCCGGAAAGCUACUCCAUACAGUUUUCCUGGAGGAACAGGUCAUGUCAUCAAUAAAAAUAACAGACGACUGGCUGAAGUCUGGAUGGAUGAAUUUAAAGACUUCUUUUACAUCAUAUCACCAGGUGUAGUUAAAGUAGAAUAUGGAGAUGUUUCAAUACGGAAAGCUCUACGAGACAGACUUCUGUGCAAACCAUUUUCAUGGUACCUUGAAAAUAUUUAUCCGGAUUCACAGAUACCAAGAAGAUACUACUCACUUGGUGAAAUUAGAAAUGUGGAAACCAAUCAAUGUUUAGACAAUAUGGGAAGAAAGGAGAAUGAAAAAGUUGGCAUGUUCAACUGCCAUGGAAUGGGAGGAAACCAGGUCUUUUCUUAUACAGCUGACAAGGAGAUAAGAACAGAUGACCUGUGCCUGGAUGUUUCAAGACUUAAUGGUCCCAUUGUAAUGCUAAAAUGCCACCAUAUGAGAGGGAACCAGCUGUUUGAAUAUGAUGCACAGAUGCUGACACUUCGUCAUGUCAAUAGCAACCAAUGUCUAGAUGCCCCUUCUGAAGAAGACAAAAUGGUCCCCACCCUGAGAGACUGCAGCAGCAGCAGUCGAUCACAGCAGUGGCUGCUCCGAAAUAUGACGUUGAGCUCUUGAAGUUCUUCAGUGACUGUAGCGAAUGAAAUCCCUCCACUUCAUCUCCACAGUGCUUUUGAGCUGAACACUUACUAUAUAUACUGUCCUUCUUGAAAACCGAAAAUUGCCUGAAAAGGAUAUAAACACUGGUAGCUCAAAUCAACUGUAGCAGUGCUUUGUGCAUUUGUGAUAAAUCAAAAGGAGAAACGGUUUAUUACGAGGAUGAAACAGUGAAUUCUAAAUACUGUUUAAUAGACAAGAGCUUACUGGAUUGGUCUGACAGAUUAGGUAAUGAUAUUCAUUACAACUUGGGAGAGAUCACACACUGUCUUGCCUUAAAAGAUUAACAAUAUACAAGAAGAGUGUCAGUGGCUUACUGUAGGCCAGUGUGGAGAGAACGAUGUAAGUUGUCUUAAAUUCACUUUAAAUUUUGAGUUUUUUUGAAAGGUUUAAUUAGUCAAUAAUGUGUAUUUUGUAAUAGAGUUACAAAUACACUCAUGCAAACAAAGUAUCUUGCUUAUUGUAUUUUUAUUGAGGGCAUAAUUGUUUUGAUUUAUAGCAUUUUAAUGUAAGCCCUAUUUGUGUAAAACAAAAAAGGGGGGGUUGCAUUUUUCACAUUAACUAUUUUGUUUCCAUGUGAUCCGUAUUGUACUGUGUUGCUCUUGUAAAGUCUAGUCACAGGUUGGCUGCAGGUCAUUUUCAUCUGCAACCAACCCUCCUUGUUAAUUGAACUUUUCAUUCAAUUAGACAUUUUGUCUCAGCCCUCAGUGUCAGACUUUGUACUUUUUAAUGUAGUAUGAGUCUAAUUUAGGCAUAUAAUUCAGACACGUGUGUUUUUUUAGUGCACAGAAGCCUCUUGGUUCUGUACAUUUAAUUCCCUUUUUGGUUGAUAGUUUCCUUUUUCCUUAUCUAACAGGAAAUUAACUAAUGAAGGGGGUAGCCGAUAGCUAUAAAAAAGGUACCUUGCCACAUUUGUAUGUGUAACAAUGUGUUACAGAUUAAUUGUUUUGGUAAUUAUUUGGAAAGAAGUGAAGGAUAAAAGUUGGAAGAUUCAGGGAAGUUAAUGUAUUUUGGUAAAAUUUGUUGAUUAUCCUCACAAAACUGAAAUCCAGACUGGUAACAAUGUCUGAUGAGACGUAACUAAAGCACGAUCUUUUUGACAUUUGGGCUCAUUACGACUGGUACCAGAGCCAUUGUCACUAACCACAAAUUAUUUUCAUUUUUUUGCUUAUAUAAAGCUUAAGGUAGCUCCUUCACUUCACAGGAAUCCAACCUCAACAUUGAUCUUAGAUAUCUAAUAAACAGCCUGCUCCUUCCCAAAGCUACAGUAGUGUUAGAAGUUUUUUAUCAUGAUUUACAAACUUUAUUCAUAUUUUUUGCUGUUUACAUUUUGAAAUGUAGCAAGUAACAAAGUAUCAUUGCAUAAUAUUCAAUGCAGACUUUAUCCAGAAUUACCAAACCAAAUGAUUUAACAUUUUUUACUUCUGGGUUGUGCUGUAAGUAAUUGAAUUACACUGGUCAGCAACAGUGUUGUCCCAAGCAUUGUGAUGGGUAGUCUACGCAUACUUUAAAUAUACAGUGGAACCUCAGUUUGCAAGCAUAAUUCGUUCCGGAAACAAUACAAUACAAUACAGUUUAUUUUUGUAUAGCCCAAAAUCACACAGGAAGUGCCGCAAUGGGCUUUAACAGGCCCUGUCUCUUGACAGCCCCCCAGCCAGGACUCUCUAAGAAGACAAGGAAAAACUCCCAAAAAAACCUUGUAGGGAAAAAUGGAAGAAACCUUGGGAAAGGCAGUUCAAAGAGAGACCCAUUUCCAGGUAGGUUGGGCGUGCAGUGGGUGUCAAAAGAAGGGGGUCAAUACAAUACCAUGCAGUUCAAAGAACAGAACAAUUCCUCAAUAUACUAAAAAAUAAAAAAUAUAAAUUUUAGAAUUACAUAGCAGAAUUUAACAGUAGAUGAUAUAUCCCAUAAUAAGAUUUGGAUUUGUGUAGAGUCCUGGAGACCUCAUCCUUCAUGCUGCCUCCCCCAUUUGGCCAUUCCACGGCUGAAACAGUGCUGGGCCAGCCAAUCCGAUGAAAGGACCCCUCUUUCCCACGAUUCCUGCGAUCCUCCAUCUGGGAUGACUUUUCCUUAGGCAGUCAAAACAACUUGGCAGGUGGGCCGUGGCACCAAGUGCCACAUUUGAGUACCGAGAAGAAAAACAGAAUAAGUGAGGGUUAGUAUACAAUCAUAACUGUCAUGUUACUUAUGUUUAAGUGCUAAUGACUAACAACAGAGAUGCAGUCUGUACAGUUAAUCAGCAGCUCUAGUCAGGAUAUGCUAAACUGAAGUAGUGAGUCUUCAGCCGGGAUUUAAAAGCUGAGACCGAAGGGGCAUCUCUUAUAGUAGCAGGCAGACCAUUCCACAGUUUAGGGGCCCUGUAACUAAAAGCUCGACCUCCCAUUGUUAUUUUAUUAAUCCUUGGAAUCAUAAGCAGACCGGCAUCUUGAGAUCUUAAUGUGCGCUCAGGUUUGUAAGUCAUGAAACGUGCUCGUAGUCCAAAGCACUUGUAUACCAAAGUGAAUUUCCCCAUAAGAAAUAGUGGAAACUCAGAUGAUUCGUUCCACAACCCAAAACUAUUCAUGUAAAAAUGAUUAAUACAAAAUAUAAAGUAAAAAUGCAUAAAACAAAUUAACCUGCACUUUACCUUUGAAAAGAAUCAUGGAUGGUGUGAGAGAGUUUCUAAACUCUUGUGGGAUUCCACCCAAUGGGACGACACGCGGAAGAGCGUCCCAUAGCAAUCGCAGUCUCCCAGCACUGUAGCCGUAAAAGCAAAUCUGAAAAGAUCGCGGACAUGCUAUAAGCGCCUGCCGUCGAUGGGUGAUACAAGGAACAAGGGAUAUUAUAAAUGCGCAGGACGCAGUACUACUUGGCCAUGACCCUGCCUGACUGCUGUGUCUGUGUAUAGGAGGGUGGCAGAUCCCGCUACAAUAAAUAAUCGCACUGUUGCUGUUUCAAGCCGAAUAAAGCUGGUGUUGCUAAAGUACUGAGAAUCAGCUUGGUUUUGGUUUUGUUUUGGGGUGCAAGACGGGGACUCACACGUCACAGCGCACAUGCACGCACACACACACACGCACACAGUCACAAUGCUGUAGUAAACAGUAUACGCUCGUACGGAUGUUGACUAUAUGAGUGAGACACGCCGACUCAGACGGAGAAUAGGAGACGAUUGCCUACAAUCCCGCAGCAAGAGAGAGAGAGAAGAACCAUCAGCUCAGUUGUAAUCACAUGAUGCUUAUACAUACUACUCGUAUUGCAAGACCUUGCUCGUUUAUCAAGUCAAAAUUUAUUAAAAAUUUUAGCUCGUCUUUCAAAACACUUGUAAACCAAGUUACUCGCAAACCGAGGUUCCACUGUAAUGCUGAAUCCAAAUAUGAGAGCACCAUCCUAUUUUCAUCAUUUAGUAUCAUCACAGAAUAAUAAUAUUAAUAAAUAAGUACAUAUUUUUUAAAUGUUAAUCGCUAUUACAUUAAAAAAAAUUCUUAGUUCAUUAAUGUAAAUUGUUGGCCAUGAACACAACAUGGAUGAGUUACACUUGUUCAUCGAUUCCUCAAAAGUCAGUUUGGAAGUUGUCCUUUCCCAUAACGGAAAUGAAUUCCCUUUUGUGUCUUUAGUACACGCUACUAAUGUGAAAGAGUAGUAUGAAAGCAUGAAGGAACUUUUAGGAAACAUUCAGUAUUCAAAAAUAUUUAAGUGGAAUAUCUGUGGAAAUCCAAAGGUGAUUGCACUUUUGCUUAGCUUGCAGCUUGAUUACACCAACUCUUGUUCUUGUUUUUUUGUGUGAGUGGGACAGUAGGGACUAGAAGAGAACCUCUAUUCAGAAAGACAUGCUUUACUUGUUCCAGGAAAGAAAAAUGUGGCCCACUUGUUGACCCUAAGAAAGUGGACCUUUCUCCUCUGCCUAUCAAUGUUGGACUUAUGAAAAGCUUUGUUAAAGCAAUGGAUAAAACACAAACCGUACUCACAUUCUUGAGAAAUAAAUUUCCCCAAAUCAGCGAUGCCAAGUUGAAUUUAAGGCAUUUUUGUAGGUUCUCAUAUCAGAAAAGUGUCAAGAGGUUUGAAGAAGAGUUGAAUGAAGUUGAGGAAACUUGUGUCUGCACAAAAUUUAUUGGGAAAUCGUGAGUCUGAACACCAUCCUGAAGUAGUGAGUGACCUUCCCAAGUCAUACUAAACAAUGGGGUGCAGUAUGUCACUGAAGGUUGAUUUCUUGGACUCUUACCUCAACUUUUUACCAGAAAACUUUUGUGCAGUCAGCGAUGAACGAUUUCAUCAGAACAAUUCCCAAAAUGCAGAAGCAUUAACAAAGCAAGUGGAGGCCCAGUAUGCCUGCUGAUUACUGCUGAACUCCUAAAAGAGAUGUUUCUGAGGCAAAGUACAACGGAAAUCAAAAACGGCAAAGUAAUAGAUGAUGCAUUUUCAUUUUAAUAUACAUGUAAUUAUAUCAUAUUCUCAAAUUUAGGUUACACGCCUCUCUAAAACCUUCCAUGACAGAAAAAUUCUAAAAAAAAAACAUAUUUGGAUUAAGCACAGACAAGUUGUCGGAAAAAAAAUAUAUAUAUAUACUUUUUUGUUGACCAGUGUUAUUCUUAUAAAGUUUAUGUCCACUUACAUACACGGGAGACUAUACAUAAAUUAAUAAUAUGGUACAGGUAAAGUGUAACACAGAAUGAAAUGCAGCACAAGCAGAAAGUAUUACAUUCAACGCAAUUAGAGAAAAAUGCAAUACACACAAAUAAAUCUACAAUUUUUAAUUGUUUCAUGAAGUGUUGAAAGGAUUUUGUUUCCCAGAUUGUUCAGUCUUGCACCAACCAGGCAUCAGCACAAAAAUUACAGGAGAGAACAGCAAGGGUCAAUUAAUAGCAGCCUGCUUCUUUGUUCCUAUUUUGAAGAACGAUAAAAAAAAGACUGAUUUGUCUCCACUCCAUUGUUUAUGCUAGAGGAUUGCUAGAGGAGGGAGAUAAGGUAAUCUUGGCCUUUUUUAACAUCUACUUACAGAAAAUAUCCUUUUGGAAUGGUGUUGACAUUGACAUGUGUUGAAUAACAUAAGCAAUCUUUGAGAUUUUCAUCACAUUGAAGGCUCCUUUUGAAAAUUGGCAAUCUGGAUUACAAAACCAAGCAAAAGAUUUUAAGAACAGUUUGGGGUAAUGAUGCAGCCCCUGGUUAGAAUUUCAAGUUUGCAUCUCGAACAAUGAGCUUCCUGCUUUAGACCUUGUGUUCCAUUAACAGCAAGAGCUGGCCUCUAAAUAAGAGUUUAGUUGGAACUUACCACUCUACCCCUUUAGGACUAUCCCAGCAGUCAGUUUUAGAGAACAGAUAUUUAAUGGCUAUUAAAAAAAUGGAUCUAUAUAUAAUUGUGUCUUAGUGACACUCUAGAGCUGAGUUCCACGCAUCUUUAAUCCUGAUCAGCGGUCAGGUUCAUUAAACAAAUCACUAAUCCAUAUCUAUUCCAAGGUUAAAGCAUAUUAUGUACUUGUCAUAGGGUGAGCAUUACUGGCCCAAUUAAACAUCCAGGAUCUCUACCCUACCGUGACUACUUCUGUUAUGCAACUGCUUCAUUAACCCCAGCUCUCUAAUUAAUUAUUGUUCAAUAAAUAAUCAUUAUACGGACUCGCACGCUCGGGUUACACGCCAUAAUACACAGUUGCUUCUGGCCCAGGCAAAACCUGAUCCAAUUUUCUGACAAUUAUUUUCUUGCCAGUUCCACCGUGCUUCCCAUCUUGGUCAUAUAUUAGCCGAGGAUUGGUGAGGUUGAGAAUUUUAAUUAGUUUUACAGCCUGUUUUCAGAUGCUUGCACCCCUACAAUAGAAUUAAAAAACUAAAAAAUGCUGUAGUGUUUGGAAAUGAAUGUUACAGACUGUCCCAUCCUGUCAUUUAUGUGCAGGAUGAUAAAGAGUUGUACUGUACGUUUGUUAAAUCUGUGAAGGCUGACUAACAUAUUUUAUAUUUUCCUUCAGCUACAUGUCUUUUUGAUUGAAAGUUCUUAAAAUGUGGUAUGUGAAUUCAGGGGUUGUAUCAACUUUUUGAAUUCAGGGGUUGUAUCAACUUUACGUUACAGCAUGCUUCAAACAGCAUUGCAAGAAGAAAAGUAAAUAUCUUCAUGGCCCAUUUCCAAAUCCUCUUGCUAUUUACACAUGGUCAAACUACAAAGCAUAAAAAUAAAGGCAUGUGCCUUCUCAGUGAGCACACAAUUCUCUGUUCAACCGGUCUCGCCUGACGGGACUCAGGGCUGUCUGCCUCUUCGGCCCCAACCCCUUGACAUCCUAAUAAAACCUAGGGUUACACCUAACCAGAUCGAAACAUCUAGAAUGAACUUGUUAUACUAUUUAUCAAUAUAUUUAAUUAAGAGAUAAAGACAAUGAAGAUAAUUUAAAUAUUCAAUAGUGUAAAUGAUGACUAUAUUGAUUGACUUCCUUGUUGUUAACCUAGAGUGUUUCUCAGGCUUGGAAUUCUAUGUAAAAACGGUUAACCCCGAGUAUCUUUUAGGUCAAGCUGUAUUGUUUGCGUGUACAGUGUUAAGACCAGUCAAUACUCUGGACAGUACUUUGCUGCCAUCUAGUGGAUAAAAUAACAUCAUGCUUCAAAAAAAUCAUUAAUAUUUCUAUACAUUUUCCCACUCUAUAGUAACUCAUCAAUAUUCAUAAGUGGAGCGGAGCCUUCAACUAAAAUACACAAUGGUGGGUAAACAAAAAAAAUAUUAAAACAAUUAAAACAACAAACUGAAACUGAAUGAGUAGUUGAACCAAGCGAUAGUUGUGACAAUGUGAAUGGGCUGACACCGAUAGUAAAACUGACAGACAGACAGACAGACAGACAGACAGACAGACAGACAGACAGACAGACAGACAGACAGACAGACAGACAGACAGAUAGAUAGAUAGAUAGAUAGAUAGAUAGAUAGAUAGAUAGAUAGAUAGAUACUUUAUUAAUCCCAAGGGGAAAUUCACUUACUCCAGCAGCACCUUACUGAUACAAAAAACAAUAUUAAAUUAAAGAUUGAUAAUAAUGCAGGUAUAACAGACAAUAACUUUAUAUAAUGUUAAUGUUUACCCCCCCGGGUGGAAUUGAAGAGUCGCAUAGUUUGGGGGAGGAAUGAUCUCCUCAGUCUGUCAGUGGAGCAGGACAGUGACAGCAGUCUGUCGCUGAAGCUGCUCCUCUGUCUGGAGAUGACACUAUUUAGUGGAUGCAGUGGAUUCUCCAUAAUUGAUAGGAGCCUGCUGAGCGCCCGUCGCUCUGCCACAGAUGUCAAACUGUCCAGCUCCAAGCCUACAAUAGAGCCUGCAUUCCUCACCAGUUUGUCCAGGCAUGAGGCGUCUUUCUUCUUAAUGCUGCCUCCCCAGCACACCACCACGUAGAAGAGGGCGCUCGCCACAACCGUCUGAUAGAACAUCUGUAGCAUCUUAUUGCAGAUGUUGAAGGACACCAGCCUUCUAAGGAAGUAUAGUCGGCUCUGUCCUUUCUUACACAGAGCAUCAGUAUUGGCAGUCCAGUCCAAUUUAUCAUCCAGCUGCACUCCCAGGUAUUUAUAGGUCUGCACCAUCUGCACACAGUCACCUCUGAUGAUCACGGGGUCCAUGAGGGGUCUGGGCCUCCUAAAAUCCACCACCAGCUCUUUGGUUUUGCUGGUGUUCAGGUGUAGGUGGUUUGAGUCUCACCAUUUAACAAAGUCCUUGAUUAGGUCCCUAUACUCCUCCUCCUGCCCACUCCUGAUGCAGCCCACGAUAGCAGUGUCGUCAGCGAACUUUUGCACGUGGCAGGACUCCGAGUUGUAUUGGAAGUCAGAUGUAUAUAGGCUGAACAGGACCAGAGAAAGUACAGUCUCCUGUGGCGCUCCUGUGUUGCUGACCACAAUGUCAGACGUGCAGUUCCCAAGACGCACAUACUGAAGUCUGUCUUUAAGAUAGUCCACAAUCCAUGCCACCAGGUAUGAAUCUACUCCCAUCUCUGUCAGGUUGUCCCUAAGGAGCAGAGGUUGGAUUGUGUUGAAGGCGUAGAUGCAUAAGGCACUGUACGACCAUACAGUCAAUUUGGUCGAUUGAAGCUUUAGAGUGGCAAAAAAGUAAAAUAUUGCGAUCAGGAGAAAGAACAAGAUACUGUAGAUCUUAGCCUCCUAAGUACUGCUUGCAAUGUUCAUGUCCGGGGAAAUGUGGAAGUCUUACACUAUGGUAGACUACAAUAACCCAGUGGGUAGCAUCGAUUGUGUGGGACAGGCACUGUCAUUCCACCAUCUCAUGGACAACCAGCAGAAAAAUAUUAUAUGAAAAUAUGUAAAGAAACACACAUCUGCUGCCCCAAUUACAACAAUCAGGCUGUGUGUUGGUGACUGUUUGUGAAAACAUAUCACACAUAGGAUGUGUACUAAAUCUACAUCAGUACAGCGGUGUGCACUCAACAGACUUUCUUACUGUGUUUAUGUUAACAUUUGCUAUUAACAUGUUUCUGUUACAACUACAUUUUUAGUGACUUUUUAUCAUGAUUUUUGUGCAAUUAGGUUUCAUCGAUAUUUUUAACAGAAUACAACUAUAUAACUGUAGAAAUAUUUUUUGAAUGUGAUUUUUUUUUUGUUUUGUUUUUUUGUUUUUUGCCUGCUUUACCAUCCAGUUUGAUGUUCUACAAUUUGAUGUGGGCUUAUGUUUGUCAAAUGUUGAUGUAACUGCUUUGUCUGAGACAUCAUAAUCUGAACGUCCUCUUGUUUCUACAUGAGUGUAAAUUGAUGAAGCUAUACAAUAUAAAAACGGCUCAGGUUCUGAAAAUAAGAAAUGGUUAUUUUGUAUGGUGAUUCACUGUAAAUCGUACGAUGGUAGCUAAUUUAUCAUUUGCCUGUCCUUAACAGUGACAAGAGCUGCAGAACAAACACUAGUCCAGCUAUGUGACUGUGUUCGCCAGUCAGAGUCAGUCCUGGCUUUGCCAGAACCCAUUUAUUAGAACGUUUUAUUAAUUGCGCAAAAGUAAUUCUGUUGUAAAUAAAUCCUUUUAGUCAGAAUACAGAGAAGCAUUGUAUAUACGUAAAGUAUUUUUCUAUAAACUCACAUCAUCCAGAAAGUACUAGCCCUACAGAACACUGAAACUGAUUUAUAUAUCACUAGCGACUUUACUCUUGCAAAAAAUGUACAUAGUAUAUUGCUUUCUAAAUAUCUGGGUUGUUAAAACAUUUUUAAGUACCUUCAUGAAUAAACUUUUUAAGAACAGAGAGAAUUGUGAUAAUGCACUUCUACAAGUAUAAAUCAGAAGGUAUCAGACAAUAGUAUUAUAUAUAUAUUACAUUUACACAUAUGCAUUUUGUCUAUAUUUUUUGUAUCUAAAAACCUUCAAGUGAAAAAAACAACAUAAUAUUUUGGGUCUUUUAUGUGACCCAUUUGCUGCUAUUAUCUGUGCAUGUUAUAUUAACUGACAAAUUAAUUUGUACAAAGAAUCAAAGCUGAUUGUCGUACCAGUCAAUAAGUGAUGUUAGUUCUGCCUGCUGUAAAACUGAAUAUUUGUAUAUUUGUAUCUUUUUGUAGAAUUAAAGUUUACAAGUUUAA